GUCUGCCAUCAGUGUGUGUGUUACGACCCCGUUAGGGGACACUCACAGUGCCUUCCUCGCCGUCACUCACUGCAGUGCCGGAGGCACUCACACUGCCGUCACAUAGACCAGUGUCUGAUUAGUACUGCGGUGAUACCGUCAAGUGUUCAUCUCCCAACAAGAAGCUUUGGAGAUGCUUCGUACUGCUGAACGUGAAGUAACGCUGGAAGUGUGUAGGCCACCACGUGGGGCUUUAGGAGAGGGUGAGGACGUCUGUGAUGGAGGCUCUGGCUUGGCAGUUGUCACCACUAGCCUUGUCGUGCCAAACACUAGUCAAAACUACCUCUCACCAUCACCAUCUUUCUCAUCUUGUGGGGAGUUUGAAGUUGAAUUAACAAAAGUAGCUGGAUCACUGGGGUUCACUCUGCGCAAACAAGACAACAGCAUCUUGGGACACACAAUACGUUCCUUGGUGAAAGAGCCUGCAAUCUCUGAUGGCAGGUUGCGGCCAGGGGAUAAAAUCAUCUCUGUGAACAACACAAAUAUGUGCAGUAUGAGUCACGAAGAAGCUAUAGCUUUCUUACGCACUUGCCCAGAUACUGUUACUCUGCGGUUAUAUAGGGAUGCUAUGCAGACUCCUGUCUCCCCGGCUUCACCUACAGAACCUGAUGUUGUUUUAAAACCCAAAGCUCUUCGUAAGGAAGCGAGAGAUAUGCUAACAGAUUUAGCAAUGAGGAAGCAGUCUCCUGGUAAUUCUCUAAAUUUAACUGGUGCCACAAGUUCUCCUGGAACACCUAGAAGACGUCGCUUACAGAAAACGCCUAGCCCUGAUAUCAAGAGUGUUGUUAUAGAUAGAUGGGAUUCACUCGUAAGAAAAACUGAAGAAUCUCUGCCUGAUAGUCCCACACUAGAAAAUAAGGUUUCCCUCAAUAGCAUUAGAGAAACAGAGCAUGAAGCAUCUCCUUUUGGUGAUAGUCAGACAGACGAUUCAACCUCUACAACAGUCCGCUCAAGAAACUCCUCGGCUGCUUCUUCCUGUUCAUUUACUCCUUCCAACUCAGAGUCAUCAAGGCCCAAAAGACCAAGCUUUCUAGAUCUAAGUAAUGGUCGCAGUUGUCCACGCAAAACACAAUUCACACCACCCCAUGAAGUGGAUCAGUCAUUCCCAUCUCCCUUAGGUGCUCAGUACCCUUCAGCUGACUCCUUAGAUUCUGCCCCACAGUUGACCUCGGCUCACAGUGACACCCCAGCAUUCUCACACCUCCAUCAAGGAUAUCAUAGUGUUAACCUUGGGGCUCUCCAUCAACAUGAAGACUUGACACUUACUAAUACAACAUCAGACCAUAAUAUUAGUAGCCAUGAAAAUGAAGAGCCUCCCAAUAAUGGCUUAUUAAAGUGGAAGGGCAUUGUGUUUACACCUGAUGAGGAUGACAGCACAUCAACAGAAGACUCUGUUAAAGAAGAUGAUAGUGCUAGAGAAUCGCCAAAGUCACAAAACCCAAAGAUGGUGACGCUAGAGCUCAACCGAGGGUGGAACAGCCGUUUGGGCUUUUCCUUACAACCUCAGGGGGAUAAUACUGUCAUCACUGCUAUCUAUGCCGAGAGUGUUGCUGCCAAAGAUGGUCGACUGACAAUAGGAGAUAUAAUUGUAAAGGUUAAUGAUGUGGAUGUUGUUGGUUGGGACUCAGAAUCUGUCAUAGAUAUUCUUCGGAAGACAAGAGGGAAAAUUUCACUGACUGUUCUUCGGCAGCCUUCAUAAUACUGUACUUACAGUUCAAAGGGGUUCAGCAAGUGUCUCCACACAGGAAGCUCUGGCAUUAGGUGUCACCCAGUUUGAUGAGCCUUAUUGCCUUCAGUUGUCAAGUGACUUGCCACAGGGCAUCUGGAGGACCUCAUAAUUUACUGUGGCCAUAUCAAUAAAUUUAAGGCCAUGAUAUACAGCAGCUUUGCAUGACACCCAUAUAGAGGGUCAACAGUAUGGUUUCAGUCUUGGGAUCUACUUUUAAGCAGCUGAGGCUUUUAUUAACCAAUUCACAAAUUGCCAAGCGGAUGAAGUGGUAAUGUUCUAAGAGUGGUGUAGCUGGUGGUUCAUUAUAUGGAUGGAUUUUAUCUUUCUCAUUUCUGUUAAUAUGUUACCUCUUGCAUGAACUUCAUUUUGCUCAGAAUUAGAUGGCAUGGUCAUCUGCAGGAUACUGUUUGCACUGCACAAAGUAUGACAUAUCUUCACAGUAUUGGCAACUGAGAAAGUGUCAGUGGGAGGGUCUUGCAGUGAGGUCAUGUCACAGAUGUGUACUGUACAAACGUUUGAAUUACAUAUGAAGCUAAACAGCUUUUUCCAAUAUCUAGGUCAUAUUUAUGUAGUGAAUUUUGACAAGCUUCAUCCCAUAUACUGUACUUACUAGUUGUUACUGCUGCACUUAUCCCUAGUGUAGUUUUGACAAUUCACUGUUAAAAAUAUUAGCGAAAACCCCACUAUAAAACUGCUACGUUGUUUCAUUGUUUUAACGUUGUUGAUAUUUAAUGAUUUCCAGUUCUGCAUCCACAUUUUUUUUUUUUUUUCUGUAAGACUGACAGACAAUACGAGUAUUAAAGAACUGUGCACUUACUUCCCUGUGCAAUAGAAAAAGCUAGUGCCAAAGAUACUGACUGGAUACAGUACAGUAACAUCAUCAAAGUUAAUCUUAUUAGUAACCAUUUUGGUAUUGCAUGUGCCAUUCAAUGAUUUUUCAAAAAUCUUAACAUUCCAACACAAAACUUAUAUCCAAUUCUUAUAUUAAUGGUAUAUAAAAACUGACACGGUCAAAGACACUUGCAGUGUUUGGGUUACUUUGUGGAGAUGUUGCACGAACCAUUGGCUUCGUCAAUCCAUUACCAUGAAUUAGUGGUGAAAGACUAGGUGAACAGUCCCUCAUCACUUUUUUUUUUAAAUCCCUGAAUACCCUAAAUUACCUCGUCUAGUCUUGCACUGGAUUGAUAAAGCUACUGGUUGGCAAGAUGUCCCUGCAAAAUUACCUUUGUUGCACUUGUCUUUAUCUUGUAUGACUCAUUUACCUCUAUAGAGGCUCCAAAUGUCUUUCACCUCUAAUCCUUCGUCAGAAUUGACUUUGAUAUUCUAAAUGAGACUUAUUUGCCAGGCUAUUUAUUAGUGAAAAUGAGCCUCACAGGCUAGGUGCUGUCAGGAUUUUUAAGAGUUGAAACUAAAAACUCAGAAUUUGCAAGUUUCAUUGUCUAUGAACCCUGGUUGCUAUAGCCUAGUCUUUUCUUCUACAUACCCAUUAGGGAAGGUCAAGAGUAUUUAUUGAGAUACAAAUUGUAUUUUAGAAUCAUGUCACCAAAUCUGUAUAUAAAUAAAUAAAUAUAUAUUUCCUGUA